AAAGAAUCAUGGGUAGGUCAUAAGCAGAUUCAUCUGCAACGAUCCAAAAUGGCUUCCAACACGAUGAAAAUGUUGCGAAAGUUUAUCGAAUUCACAACACAAAACAAGGGGUUUGAUCGUGUGUGCGACAAGAUUAUUCCUGUAGCUGGUACACCCGGAAAAUGCAAAUUCAGUUUAAAGGUCGAUGAAGGGCAUUUAAAUACAGGAGGAACCUUGCAUGGAGGAUUGACAGCAACACUGGUCGAUUCUCUAACAACUGCAGCAAUAAUGACUGCUGGUGGCUCACCUGGUGUUAGUGUUGACUUGAAUGUUACAUAUAUGAAAGCAGUGAAGGAAGGAGAGACAAUAUCCAUCAACGCAGAAGUUUUAAAACUUGGCAAGAGAUUAGCGUUUACAACUUGUGAUAUUUCAAAUGAGAAUGGAAUCCUAAUAGCGCAGGGUAGGCACACAAAAUUUGUUGGAUAAAGUGAAAACCUGAUACUUUUACUGCAAUAAGACUAGAUUGAAUAUAUACUAUUUGUGUUGUGUAUACAUCUUCUCAUCAUGAUGGCUUACUAUAAAUAAUUUAAAGGGUGGUAGUCGUCGCGCCGCGCAUGUGCGACAUUUGUGUUGAUAAACAUUGAUUUUCCCACAAUCCAAUGCGCUCUUCUAAUGGAAAUCACAAGUUUUGACCUAGGCGCGACUUGGACUAAUUACCGCUGGUGACUCCUUUGAUACAUCCCAAUCACCUAAAAAAUACCUAAUUGGUUUGGUAACGUCUCAGUUUGUACUAUUUGAUCUACACAACAGCCAAAGUCGCCAUCAAUGUUUAUAUGAGACUCGUAUAUCUCUUAGUGACGACUACCGCACUUUAACCGAUGUAACUAACAAUGGACCCUGACAGUUCAGUAUUAGUUCGUGCAGUUCUUUUCAAGUGUCCCUUUCAAAUAUCUGAUCCUUUUUGUUUUGCCUGACAUAUGAAGUUUCAUUGUAUUAUCGCAGCAUCAACCAAGUCGAGUGGAAUACAAGUACAUCAACACUCCAUAAUUGUAAGCUAUGUGUGUGAGACGUUGAAGUUACUUAGCAAUAAAUUCAGCAUCCACUGGUUAUUUAAUUCAUGUCAUGUAAUACUGUUCUGUUUCUGAUGACCAUUGGACACUACUAACUUAUAGUUACAUAGGACAUAAUAUUCAAUGUUUUACUCGUGCUCUAAAGGAUGUACAAAAAAAAAUUGUGUAUUUAAAUUUUGUAAAAUAUUCAUCUUAAUGUGAUUCAGUAAUAGGAUAACACCUCAUGAUGCUCAUAAAUAUAUAAUAAUGCUUGCCUAAUUUCUGCUAUUUGCAAGAAGCUUGAAUACUGUAACUUGUAUUUGAUAUGAUUACUUCACAUCUUCAAAACAUAGGAGACUUCAACCAAAGUUCUACCAUCAGUAAAUAGAUGAAGCUCAACUAUCUACAAAUAUGAGUGUGUGGAACACUCUGCAAGAGUUUUAUAGACUUCUGUUUGGUUUCACUUUGUGAUUUGAUCGCAAAAAAUUUCUUAUUUUGAGCUUGAUAUAGCAACACUGUAUUGCUGACAUGUAUUUUAGGGAAAGAUUUAUUGUUUUUAUUUGGGAAAAUCAGUGAAUUGUGAAAUAUCACCAACUAUACAAGGAUUGGGUGAUACAUGGUUUAGCAGUCUAGAAUCUACCGGGUAUAUGCCACUCCACUAAUGCUAGUAAUAUAUCAUCACAGUUAACUCAGUAUUGCUUAUACAAAUGUAUUGCAGAUUGGAUUAGUUAUAAACAUUUUUAAGAUGAGAUUGUGGA